UCAUGUUUUAAUCCCAGCCUCCCUGUGACUGCCAGCUCUGCUGCCCAUUGGUGAAACGCUGAAUUUAACAAGCCCUCACAACCCUCCAAUAUGCGAAGAGGUGGGCGGUAGCUCUCCCCUCAGAGCCACCUGGAGUUAAAACUCCUGCGCGCUGCUCUCACUGAGCAUGUCGGGGCUUCGGACGGGUUGAUGCACGGGAGUCUCCGUGCAGAAAUCCUCCUGACUCUCAUCUCCCUGUGGAUUUUUUUUAUUCCUUCUUGUGAAAGAGGACCGGGGAUCUUUCUUCUGGCGGCGUGACGCGUCCAAAAUGUUGCUCCACAGACUUCUCUUGUGCGUUUCAGUAACAGGUCUCGUUUGCGCGCAGCAAGACAGCUCCGGAUUAUUUUACGCGCUCAGAUCGGAACUCUCAGAAGAUGCAAUCUUGGUGGCCAACAACGGAAUACGCGUGCCUUUCGGGAGGUCGCUCUUCAUCGAUCCCAUCAAUGACCUGGUGAUCCAGACGCAGCCGGGAGACCGGUGCAGCAUCACCGUGCUGGAUAACGAUCCGCUCUCGCAGCGACCGGGACACCUCUCUCCCAAAAAGUUUCCGUGUGAUUUCGGUCCCAGUGAUGUGGUUUAUUCCCACUACGGCUCCAGGACUCCUGUUAAAGACAGAGUGAGGCUGCAGCUCAGGUAUGACGCGCAAACAGAAACUGUCAUUAUCCCCUUUAUGAUGGAGGUUGAAGUAGUUUUUACGCAGCUGGAGUUACUCACCAAAAACAUGCCUCUCACUGUAAAUAAUCUGAAAGGGAUUAGUAAUCAGAUUGACAAGAAGAUUCUUGAGUUUACUUUUGACAGGGAGUCCUUCAAAUGUGAGGUGACCUCCCUGUCUGGUAGCACCUCGCUGCCCAGGUACGGAAAGCUCAUCGAUGGGGGGAAACUUUCCACAAUGAUGAACUGUGAUGAGUUCCUACAAGCUGGUAUCCACUACGAGCACACGUUUGAUCUCAAGUCUCCGAACAGGGAUUAUGUCCCCAUGGUUGUAGAGCUGCAUGAUAAGGAAGACAACCUGGUGAAACAGGAGUAUUUUCACCUCAUGAUUCGCAUCAGGAGCGGAGAGGAGAACACUGCCCCCAAACCCAGCUUUGUGUCCAUGAUGAUGAUGGAGGUGAGCCAGUUUGUCAUGACUGCCCUGACGCCUGACAUACUUGCUGCUGAGGAUGCAGAGUCAGAUCCAGAGGAGCUGAUUUUCAACAUCACCUCCCCGUUAUCGUACGAGGAGGGCUACGUUGUCAGCACCGAUGACAGAAACCUCCCAAUCACAUCCUUCUACCAAAGAGACCUGCAUGAUUUAAAAAUAGCAUACGUGCCGCCUUCGCUGGACUCAGACACCGAGAGGAUUUUUCAGCUGGAGUUUGAGGUGAUUGACACAGACGGGGCCACCUCAGACCCGUUUGCUUUCAUGAUUGUGGUGAAGCCGAUGAACACUCUCGCACCAGUUGUCACACGUAACACGGGUCAACUGCUGUACGAGGGCCAGUCGCGGCCUCUCAUCAGCUCCCACAACUUGGAGAUCAGCGAUGAGGACAACCCAGAUGCUGUCACAGUCACGGUGGUGGAUGGGCUGCGGCACGGACAGCUCGUGGUUCUGGGCUCCCAGAAGAACUUCUUCACACCUGCUGACUUAAUAACAGGGACUGUUAUCUACCAGCAUGAUGGGAGUGACACGUACAGUGACAACAUUGUCUUCAAGAUGACAGAUGGGACAAACGAAGUGGAGUUCCUGUUUCCCAUUACGAUAGUCCCCACUGAUGACGAGCCCCCCAUCAUCAAUGCCAACACCGGUUUGGUGCUUUUCAAACACCAAAUGAUGCCCGUAUCUCCUCUCAUGCUCAGUGCAGCUGAUAUUGACUCAGAAGACUCAACAAUUAAAUUCACUAUUGUUCCCCCCUUUUCUACAAUUGGCACAGUUCUUCUGCGGCAGUCAGACGCCCCAGAGGACCCCUCCUCCUGGAAGUUUAAUGCUGAGGAUGAAGUGUAUGAGAAGGAGGUGACAGAGUGGCUUCAAAAAGACGUCACAGACGGCAAGUUAUUCUACAAGCACACGGGCCCACACAACGCAGACACAAUCGUGGAUCAGUUCACGUUUAGAGUACAGGAUGACAACGAUCCACCUAAUUUAUCAGGGGAUAGCGUGUUUAUAAUCCGUGUUUUACCUAUUGAUGACGUUCCCCCUGAGCUAUUUGCCGGCACUUCUUUAGAAAUGACUGUUGAGGAGUACAAACUCACACACUUCAGUAAGGAAGUCCUGCGCUACACGGAUUUGGACUCUGAGGACCGUGACCUGAAAUACACGGUCACCAAGGCCCCAACAGAUAUAGAUGAAAACAAUCCAGUCGUGUUCGGUUCUUUGGUUCUGACGGAGCGCCCCGACAUUGAUGUUUCUGAGUUCACACAAGCUCAAAUCAACCAUCAUAAGAUCUCUUAUGCACCCCCAGAUGUCGAGCUGGGAAUCACUGCUCACGUUGUACAGUUCCUCUACACAGUUGAAGACGCAGCUGGGAACACCGCAGAGGGGUCUUUCACAAUCUACCUGCAGCCGGUAAACAACAACCCCCCCCAGAUCACAAACACUGGCUUUGAUGUGUUUGAACGUGGCGUGCACAUCAUCACCAUUGCUGAGCUGGAUGCCACAGACCUUGAUACAGAGAGUGAGAAAAUAACCUUUGCUCUGAGUCAGCCCCCUCGGCACGGCCAGAUUCAGGUUGCGUUCACUGACCUGCAGACAAACGGGGUUUUCAAACUUGAGGAUAUUUCAGAAGGAAAGAUGUCAUAUAUUCACAGCGGAGAAGAGACAGUGAGUGAUGAAUUCCAGCUGGGGGUCAGUGAUGGCUUUCAUGUGGUGACUGUGACGGUCAAAGUUAAUGUAAGGCCCGUUGAUGAUGAAGCUCCAAAGAUCAGCUUGCCUGUGGGGACGAUCGGAUUCCACAUGGACGUACUGGAAAACGGAGCCACGGAAAUUACAACGAAUGUGAUUCAAGGCCACGACGAUGACACGGAUGACCUCCAGUUGACAUUUAUUGUAGAAGAUCCUCCAGUUUGGGGUGAAAUCCUGGUGAAAGGGUUGCCGGCCACAAAGUUUACACAAGCCGACAUAAUUAACGGUGUAGUUGUUUAUGCACACACCGGUGGCGAGAUAGGUCUCACUUCACAGCAGGAUGGAUUCAAUCUAACACUUACAGACAUGUCUGACGACUGGACAGUAGGGGGCAAUAAGGUCAACGGAGUCCACAUUCAAGUCACCGUCCUUCCUGUCGACAAUCAGGCCCCUGAGGUUGGAGUUGGAAUUCAGUUUAGUGUUAUUGAAGGAGAGAAAUAUGGCAUUGGCCCUCAGCACUUGAACGCUGAUGAUAAUGACACUCCAACAGAUGAUAUCCUUUGCACCAUCAUUGUCCAGCCCAUUGCAGGCUAUGUAGAAAAUAUAUCCCCUGCCCCAGGCUCAGAGAAGUCAAGGUCAGGAACAGCUAUCAGUGCUUUCACCAUCAGAGACAUACGGGAGGGAAAUGUCUACUAUGUGCAGAGCAUUCACAAAGGGGUGGAACCAGUGGAGGAUAGGUUCACAUUUAGGUGUUCUGAUGGCAUCAGUUUCUCAGAAAGUCAUUUUUUCCCAAUUAUCAUCAUCCCAAAAAAUGAUGAAAAGCCAGAGAUUUUCUUGAGAGAAAUAGUUGUGAUGGAGGGAAUGAAUAUUGUUAUUGACACUCCCAUUCUAAACGGAGCAGAUGCCGAUAUUCCACCUGAAGAGCUGAUGUUCAUCAUAUCCAAACCUCCCAAACAUGGGGCCAUUUUAAAUCAGCUCUCCACUGGGUCUGUUUUGGUGACAAACUUUACUUUAGAACAGAUAAGAGAGGCAUCAAGUAUUAUUUAUGAGCACGAGGACUCGGAGACGACAGAAGACAGCUUUGAUGUCCUUCUGACUGAUGGAAUGUACUCAGUACAAAAGACAGCUGUGAUCAUAAUCAUCCCUGUUGAUGAUGAGACCCCCAGAAUGGCCAUCAAUGAUGGACUGGAGGUGGAAAUAGGGGAAUUCAAAGAGAUUGACAACAAAGUGCUCAAAGCAACUGAUUUAGACUCAGAGGACAGUACGUUAACAUAUAUUGUCCGGUUUGGACCUGGUCAAGGUUUUCUACACAGAAAAACACAGUUUGGGUCUCUGGAGAACAUCACUGUAGGCAUGAACUUCACACAAGCUGAAGUUGAUGAAGGACUUAUACUAUACGCACACAAUGGACAGGAGGGCAUCCGGGACUUGAUCAAAUUUGAUGUCACUGACGGAAUAAACCCUCUCAUUGACCGUUACUUCUACAUCACUGUGGGCAGCAUUGACAUGGUCUUUCCAGAUGUGAUCAGCAAAGGUGUGUCUCUGAAAGAAGGUGGCAGAGUGACUCUAACCACAGAUCUUCUUAGCACUACUGAUCUCAACAGUCCCGAUGAGAACUUGGUCUUUACGGUCACCCGGGCCCCCAUCAGAGGCCAUUUGGAGUGCACAGACACACCUGGGAUUCCCAUUGUGUCUUUUACUCAGCUUCAGUUGGCCGGGAGUAAGAUCUUCUACAUCCACACAUCAGAUGACGAGGUGAAAAUGGACAGUUUUGAGUUUGAAGUCACUGACGGCUACAAUCCUAUUUUCAGAACAUUUAGGAUCUCUAUUGUAGAUGUGGACAAUAAGAAGCCUGUUGUGACUGUGAACGGCCUGGUUGUCACAGAAGGGCAGCUCAAGCUCAUCACUCCGUUUGAGCUUACUGCUGAAGACCAGGACACCGCUGAGAAGCUGAUCAGAUUCACCAUUACCCAACUUCCUAUUCACGGCAAACUGAUGUACAAUAAAACCACGCCUGUCUCCAGUUUCACAAAACAAGACCUCAAUGAAAACCUCAUCAGCUACAAACACGACGGAACCGAAUCAUCAGAGGACUGUUUCUCUUUUACUGUCUCUGACGGCACACACAUUGACUUCUAUGUUUUCCCAGACACGUUGUUUGAGACUAGGCAACCUCAGACUAUGAAGAUCACAAUUGGAGCAAUCGACAAUGGCACCCCCCAGGUUGUGGUGAACAAAGGAGCACCCACUUUAAAGAUUUUGUCCACAGGUCACCUGGGAUUUCCCAUCAGCCCCAAAACGCUGAAAGCAGAGGACAGGGACAGCAAACCUGCCUCGGUGGUGUUCCACAUCACCACUCAGCCCAAACACGGCUACGUCGUUAACCUGGGACAUGGAAACGACUCUGUUGCCACAUUUAGUCAAGCUGACAUCGAUGACCUGCACAUCUGUUAUGUUCUGCGGAAUGAUGAAAAUGCCACUUCAGAUGUCUUCCAUUUCUCCGUUGAAGAUAACGGUGGAAACAAGCUGAAAGGGCAGCAGCUUCGUCUGGACUGGGCCUGGAUCUCUCUGGAGAAGGAGUAUUAUGUAGUGGAUGAGGAGGAUAAAUUCUUGGAGGUGGUGCUCAGACGGCGGGGAUACCUGGGAGAAACAUCUUUCGUUGGCAUCGGAACUCAAGAUGGUAGUGCGAAGAAGGAUGAAGACUUCAAGGGAAAGUCCCAGAAGCAGGUCCAGUUCAACCCAGGGCAGAGCCAGGCUACGUGGCGAGUUCAGAUCCUGACUGAUGGGAAGUACGAGCAAGCGGAGACCUUUCAGAUUUUGCUGUCGGAGCCUGUGAUGGGGGUGAUGGAGUUCCCUGCAACUGCAACGGUUGAGAUCCUGGAUCCCAGUGAUGAGUCGACCGUGUUCUUCCCCGAGCAGAUCCAUACAGUGGAGGAAGAUGUUGGGGAGCUCUUCAUCCCCGUGCACCGCAGUGGAGACAUAAGCAAGGAACUCAUGGUGGUCUGCUACACACAGCAGGGUUCUGCCACGGGUACAGUCCCCUCCAUGGUUUUGUCCUACUCAGACUACAUUUCCCGUCCGGAAGGGCACAACAGCGUCCUUCGCUUCGACAAAGGAGAGAGGGAGAAGCUGUGUCGAGUGAUGAUCAUCGAUGACUCUCUGUUUGAGGGGGAGGAGAGCUUCAAUGUGACUUUGUCCCUCCCCGUUGGGGGACGACUGGGAAUGCACUACCCCACUGCAAAAGUCAACAUCUUGGAAGACAAAGAGGAUGCUCCAGUGUUUUAUUUUGCAGAGGUUGAGUAUCAUGUGGAUGAAAGCAAUGGGUUUGUGGAUGCCAAAGUCUGGAGGACAGGGACUGAUCUGUCCAAGGCCGGAACAGUGACGGUUCGGUCUCGAAAGGUAGAGCGUGCCUCUGCUGAAGCCGGUAUUGACUAUGUAGGCAUCAGUCAGAACUUGGACUUUGCUCCAGGAGUCAGCAUGCAGACAUUAAAGAUCACCAUUUUGGAUGACAUGGGUCAACCAGAACUAGAAGGGACUGAGAGCUUCGAGCUAGUCCUACGAAUGCCAGUGAACGGUGUCUUGGGAGAACCUGGAAGGGCAACGGUUUUCAUCAAUGAUUUUGUGUCUGACUUGCCAAAGGUCCAGUUUCGUGAAGCGGUUUAUGCGGGAGAGGAGAGUGACGGUCGCAUCACAGCAACAGUGUACCGCACCGGUGACAUCAGACACAAAUCCUCCGUUCGCUGUUACACCCGUCAGGGCUCUGCACAAGUUGCCGUAGACUUUGAUGAGAGACCCAACACAGAUGCAUCAAUCAUCAGCUUCUCACCAGGCGAGUUGGAGAAGCCGUGUGUUCUGUCACUGGUUGAUGACACGCUGUACGAGGAUGGAGAGGAGCUGCGGCUGGUUUUAGGGAACCCAAAGAGCGACUCACAGUUUGGCGCGUCAGUGGGAGCUCUGAACGAGGCUCUGGUGAAAAUCAAGGACACGGCUGACAAACCCAUCAUUCGUUUCUCAGAAACAAAGUUCAGCAUCAGCGAACCAAAGGAAGCUGGCGCCGUGGCAACUGUGAGGGUCCCAGUGGUCCGAGUGGGUGACACGUCAAAAGUGUCUGUGGUUCGAGUUCACACUAAAGACGGGUCAGCUCUCUCAGGAGAGGACUACUAUCCUGUGUCUCAAGAAAUCGAGUUUAAAGAGGGGGAGAGAUUGCACAUCGUGGAAGUGGAGGUGCUAUUUGAUGGAGUUCGAGAAACGAGGGAAGCUUUUACGCUCCAUCUUAAGCCUGAUGAAAACUUGGUGGCUGAAACUCAGGUGACUAAAGUUAUCGUUUACAUCGAGGAGUCCAACAGCAUGGCUGACGUCACAUUCCCCUCCUUGCCUCAUGUUGUGUCGUUGCUCCAUUAUGAUGAUGUUGCCAGGACACCUGACAACCUCCACCCACCAGCCGGCUACCCAGUCAUCUGUGUCACAGCUUGCAACAUGAAAUACCCAGACUACGACAAGACAGGCUCUAUCUGUGUCAGCGAGCACAUCAACAACACCUUGACCCGCUACCGCUGGCUCGUCAGUGCCCCGGCUGGCCCUGAUGGCGUCACCAGUCCCAUGAGGGAAGUGGACUUUGACACGUUCUUUACUUCCUCUAAGAUGAUCACGCUGGAUUCAGUCUACUUCCAGGCAGGCUCCAGGGUCCAGUGUGCUGCCAGGGCUGUUAAUUCCAAUGGGGAUGAGGGCUUAGAGCUCAGCAGCCCCAUUGUCACGAUCAGCCGGGAGGAAGGCAUGUGUCAGCCUCGUAAAAUGGGAACAGUUGGAGCUGAACCUUUCUCAGCUAAGCUGCGCUACACUGGAGCAGAUGAUCCGAAACACCCUAACCUCAUCAAAGUGACCGUCACCAUGCCUCAUAUAGAUGGUAUGCUUCCUGUAAUCUCCACUCGCUCCCUCAUGAACUUUGACCUGACUCUUAGUCCUGAUGGCACCCGAGUCGGGAACCACCGCUGCUCCAACUUGCUCGACUUCAACGAGGUCACCACAGGUCACGGCUUCAUCACUGCCCUAACGCGCAGCCCUGAGAGCAUGGGCGACUCUGCGCCCUAUCAGUUCAGUGGCUCUCUGCGGGGGGGCAGCACGCUGCGCUUCUACAGGAACCUCAACCUGGAGGCGUGUCUCUGGACAUUCACGAGCUACUACCACAUGUCUGAGCUGCUCGCUGACUGUGGAGGAACCAUCGGGACAGACGGACAGGUCCUGAACCUGGUCCAGUCUUAUGUGACCCUGCGAGUUCCUCUUUACGUGUCGUACGUGUUCCAUUCCCCCGUGGGCACCGGCGGCUGGCAGCACUUCGACCUGCAGUCAGAGCUGCGGCUCACUUUUGUAUAUGACACUGCCCUUCUCUGGAAGGAUGGGAUUGGCAGUCCGCCGCAGGCAGAACUACAAGGUUCACUGUAUCCCACCAGCAUGCGCAUCAGUGAGCAGGGUCGUUUGGUGGUUAACUUCCGUACCAAGGCUCAUUUUAGAGGCCUGUUUGUGGAGUCUCACACUUCAGGCAGAAUUAAAAGAACAGCAACCUCAAUUUCAUCUAUGGUGAUGUGUGUAGACCACCCUGGCCUGACCUUUAACCUCACCCUAGUGAGGAGUGAGCCCACCUACAACCAACCAGUCCAGCAGUGGACCUUCAUCUCUGAUUUUGCGGUCAGAGAUUAUUCUGGGACCUACACAGUCAAGCUCAUCCCCUGUACAACAGUCCAGAACAUGGACUACUCUGUCCCGCCUGUCUGCAGUCCUAGAGAGCCUGUCACGUUUGACCUCAACAUUCGAUUUCAGCAAGUGAGUGACCCGGUUGCAGUUGAGUUUAGUCUAAACACUCAGAUGAUGCUGCUGUCUAAAAGGAAUCUGUGGCUUUCUGAUGGAUCAGCGGGUUUUGGUCAAGAGACUGACGUAGCCUUUUCUGAGGGCGAUACGAUAUACGGUCGUGUUAUGGUGGAUCCUGUGCAGAAUCUGGGGGAUUCUUUCUUCUGCAGCAUAGAGAAGGUGUUCCUCUGCACGGGAGCUGAUGGAUAUGUACCCAAGUAUAAUCCAACUAGAUUUGAGUUUGGCUGCCUGGCUGACUCUCCAUCCCUGCUUUAUAGAUUCAAGAUUCUUGACAAGGCUCAGCCGGAGACUCAAGCUCGUGGGUUCGGCGACGUCAGUUUUAAUGCUGUGCUCUCAGUAGAUGAUCCAUCAGCUGCACCUCUAGUAAGACAACCAGGAUCUGAUGGAUUUAGAAUGGACUCCACAGCCAUGUUUCAGGUUGCCGCAGGGCGAGAGUGGUACCUACACGCUAUUUACACCGUUCGCUCCAAAGAGAAUGCCAACAGAGGCAUUGGAAAACGUAGCCUGGAGUACCACUCCUUUGUUUCCGCAAGCAAUCGGCUCGAUUUGCCGUCACAGAGGGAAAAGAGCCAUCGCAGCAGGAGGUCAGCUGGUGCUGAAAUCCCAGAAGUUGCUGACGGCAUUGGAGUAGACAACAACCGUGGCACCAACAUCAUGCACAUCGCCUUGGACCGCACCAAGAAGAGGUCAGAGGGGUCGAAUGAGCUGUUUGCUAGCGGGCCAGAACCAAGUGAGCUGAGUUCAGGCGAGGAAGAGGAGGGUCUGGUGAGCAUAGUGGGAGCUCUGGUGGGGCUGUUGCUGACUGUCCUCAUUAUUGUCAUCAUCACGCUGGUGCUGAGAUCCAGACAGAAGGAUGCGAAGGAGGGAUGGAGGGAGGAGGUGCAGGAGGUGGUGAAAGGCUCUGUCAGUACUGAGCCCAUGCUUGUGGUGAGGAUGCAGGACUGCCACAACAGCUCGGAGGUCUGAGCACUGGAUGGACACACAAACAUUGGGAAUAUGUGGGGGGGGGUUUAUAUAUAUUUUAUUGUUUUUUUAACUGAUAUCCCAUAACACCAAAAAAUCUGUGUUGAUUAAAUGUGUUCAUAAGUGUGCCUGAUAAAAGGGGAGACUGAGCGAACAGCAUACUCUUCUAUUUAUUGUUUUUUUUAUCAUUUCAUGUGCUGCUGGUAGCUUUUCUGUGUCUGACACUGGUGUUAAAAGUGUGGUUGACUGAAAAACAAUUUUUUAUGUUAUUUCUGAUUAUAACUGGUCACUCUGAGUUUUUCACUUAGGCUGAACAUGAAAAGAGUCUCCUUCAUCUAUCUCCUGCAUUAGCUUCUGAUAGAAAAUGCACGGUGAAACUCUAGGAUUUGAAAAUCCUCACAGAUCUACGUCACACUGUGAAUUAGCUGUCAUGGACUCACUGGUCUUGACUCACAACGGGGAAGGCUGUUGUUGGUUUAACGUCCAGGAAUUUGCAGUGGACAUCGCUGUAAGUUUAAGCUAACUGUAUUAGCAACUUCACCACACAGCAGAACUCCUUCAGACUUGUGUUAUUUGUGGGAGUAAAGCAUCAAUGUUGCAGGUCAGUGGUAGAGUCGCGUUGCUGUUAUCCCAAUCGGGGCGAGAUGUCCAAAUAUCAGGAAAUAAAACACCAAAAGUUGCUGUCUGAAGCUCAGCUGUGAUGUGGGCAACAUUUAGGUCAGAGAAAUGGUGCUCCGGUAUGUUUUCCUCCCCCAGAGAAUGACUUAAAAGGCAUUCAUUCCUACUAGAGACCACUGCACAUGUACUGAUUAAAAGAGUGAACCACUCCUUUAAAGUGCCUGAAGAAACAGUCCUUCAGGAUGGUCCUUUUCAACCAUGGAACCUUUUUUUAUACCUAUCCUGCAAGUCAAAGAUUUAGUUCUGAUUUCAAACAGAGGAAACUAAAUGACGCUGCCACUUAAAGAAACAGUUCACCCAAAACUUAGCACUUCUGUCUUUUUGACACCUAAACGAAAUGUUUUAGAUCUUGUCUGCCAUGUUUUCCCAAGACCUGUAAAGUUGGCUUUUGAAAAGGUGAUGCGCCAUAAAGUAAAGAAAAAACAGAAAAUUUGCAGAAGUAUUUGAAGUUCAGAAGUCUCCAGAGGCUUGCUGUGUAUGCUGUCUGAUGGUAGACAGAUUGCUUUUGAAAAUCUGAGUUACACCCGAGAGUUUUGCAAUUUUGUUCCAUGAGUUAAUAAAAAUGCAUGUUGGGAGAGAACUGUGGCUUUAAGAGAGUAAAAGGGCACUAGAUUACACAAUCUGUAAUGAAAAAGGCAACACCCACUCUUUUAUCUGUGAUUUAAACCCCUCAAACCAUUCUCCAGAACAAAUUCAUAUUUUCUAUCCCUUUAUUUGUUCAUUUUUCUUAUGAUUUCAGGAAAUCAUUACCUCUGUGGCUUUAUUCUAUCCAUUGUCAGUAUUAUUGAUCAGCCGUGUUUUGUUUUCUUCAGUAACAAAAGUUACGGUAUCUAUUUAAAAAGAUACUUAUCUCAGAAACCAUAUUGUUAUUUUCUAUUUUUUUCUAUAGAUUGAAUUGGUUUUGUGCUAUAACAGAGUCUAGUCGGAGAACUCCGCCACUUCCAACCUCUCUCUCAGAUUUGGUGCCGUGAUCACACAAAUAAUCUGACCUCUCUUCUCUUGAGAGAGCUGCAUUUCCACUAUAGAAAUUCUGGGAAAUUUCUGGAUAUGACGAAAGUUACAGGAAAAAUACUUCGGCUCGAUCUUCUUAGUCAUUUUGUUUCCGCACAAAAUGAUCACUUUCAGGAUGUUGCAUAUCUCGACUGUUUCGGCAGUAAUUAAUGUCGCUGAUUAGAACCAAAAGGCGUUCAUGGACAUUAAUAACAUUCACAUUUUUGGUUUGUCAAAGUACGCCACAAUUAAUCAAUUCAGGGGACAGGGAGAGCGACUCCACCGCGAUAAAUGCCAUUUUUUCAUGCGCUCUGUAUCAGACCACAAAGAGGUGUAAAUUACGACAUUGUGGAGGGAUUUCUGCCACAUUUUGGGAGUUUAUAAAUUAUGAUUUUAAAUAUCAUUAAUUUUGUGUAUGUCCUCUUCCUUCCAUUCCGCUUAACCAACACCUCUAACAAUUGUACGAGUGCAGGUUGUUUGGCGACGUCUGCCGAUGUAAAAUGUUUAUGUUUAUGUAUUUAGCAGACGCUUUUGUCCAAAGCGACUUACAAGUGAUAAUCGGCAUGUUGCCCUUGAGGCUAACAACAACAACUUGACAUCAGUCAUGGAGAGGAGGGAACAAGGAGUGGACAGUAGAGAUCCUACAGAAUUACAACCAAUAAGACUGAGUUGACCACAAGUCCCGCCCUUUGUGACUUUACUGGUACAUUUCCAAGUACAUUUUCUAAGACCAACACAUUCUCACACCCGAAGCAUAGAAAAAUGAUGCGGGGUGACCAACCGUUAGUUUUCAACGCAUUGGGGAUCCCAACGUGUCGGGAGCCGACUUGCUGUGCCAGAGCGUCAGUUUUGGGGUUCCCAAAACUUGUUCUGAGUUGUAACGUCCCUCUCCAACACGAUCACCAGGAAGCUUAGAAUGACCAACAGGGUUGAGGUUAGGAUGGGGAUGAGAGAAGGUUAAACGUCGGUGAAAUGUGCGUUUUAACGCGGGCAUCGGAAACUGACGCUCUGGCACAGCGCGUUGGCUCCAGACGCAUUGGGGGCCUCAAACCCUUGGUCACCCCGUGUCAUUUUUCGACACUUUGGGUGUGAGAAUGUGUUGCCAAGGCAGGAGGUCAUUUGGUUCCUGAAGUGGUCCUCUGGGGCUGACCUUGUGAAAUGGAAACACGUGCAUACGGUAAAGGUCUGGCGAAAUCACCCAGACGUUCCAGUAGUGGAAACAGACUUUAUCUUUUAACAAAUCUUUGUUUUUCCAACAAGAGUGGUUUGAAUCUUUUCAAGUGGGUGUCUGUGUGAACCACAUGAAAUAAUGAUACUUACCCGUUAUCGAUAGCUCUUUGAAUUACCACACUUUUGAGAGAUAGGGGGUGGAAUAUAGUUGUUUUUAAUUAUGUGUCUGUGUGUUUAUUAUGGCUGCUUCAUGUAACAUGCAUCUGUUUGAAGUGUCAUUUUUACACAACUUCUGAAAUUAACAUGACGCAUUCAUAAGCUGUAAUAUGUGAGUAAUCAGGGGAGUUAGCAAAAUGAGCAAAACAUAUUCGCCAAUGCAACUCUGGUUUAGAGGUCUUUCAUGCUAUCUGCGGUACCGCUGCUUUUUCUUAAUUUAUUUUUUGUCGUGAUCUCAAAAUUAACCAGUUAAUGAUCUUUUCUAUUGACACCAUGUUUAUUUUGGUUGUACCCUACAAACCCAGGACUCUUAUCCGUUCUGAUUUUUCUACUGUGCCCCUUAGUAGAAAACUCCAGUAUCACGUGCAGUGCAGCAUCAAGUAUGUAAACAAGAUGCAGCCUGCUGCCUGCACCAGCGCGAGGUUAAAAAACAAGUACAGUAUAUUCCCGACCAUAGAACUUGAUUUUGACCUUAUCAUUGGGCUAACUUGUCAUUGCAGGCUGUUUCCAAACUGGAUAUUUUCUUUUUUACGGGACUUGAGCACCAAAAGCUGCACCAUGCUCACAAACUGGAACAUAGAAAGUGUUUUAAUUUUUAUUAUUAUUUUUUGUAGUGCAAACCACUAAGUCAUUAGUCCGGUUGGACCAGAUCUGUAUUUCUUUAAACUGAGGUCAUUCAAAGAGUUUUCUGUGACAGAUAACAUAAUAGUUAAUAACACAUUCUGAAGUAUUCUGUGCACCACGCCAGUGUUUUAAGUAAUUUUUAAUUUCCUGACAAGUGAUGCAAAUGAAAAAAGCUGCUUACAAAUCAUCUUAGAAGUAAAAUCCUAUUUAAUAUAAUCUCAUCAUUUUGCUGAUAUCACUGGGAAAAUGUAUUGUUAAUGUGUAUUGUUAAUCAUGUGUCUCACUCUGUUAUGAAUAUAAAACACAUUGAGAUUAAUGUUCAAACUGUUUGUCUUAUGAUGGUGCUGUUAAUCAUCACUGAAUAAUUCAUUUCAGAUAUUUGUCGGGAUUAGCUGAU